GAACACAAUUUAAGUUUAUUUCAAUUUACACACCUACCUUGUUGAGUGUACUGCCGUGCUGCUUAUACCUGCCUAGAAUGACGCAGCAGUCAGUUGCUCUUUUGUCUAUGGGAGGUCUUUUUAUUCUUUCCUGUGCUGUAUUGCUCUCCAUAGGACUAUUAUACUGUAGGUAGGAUCGUUUGAAAGGCUGGUACCGUUAUAUGAAUGGAUGAAUGAUAACAGAGAUCUUAUCACACACGGGGUGAAACGUAGGCUAUAAUUCGCCUUCCCGUAAUCGGAGCCCGGCUCAGUGAGCACAGAGCACGGGCGCUCGGAAAGCGUUCGCUGUCGUCUGAACACCGGUAGUCCGCUUCAUCCUCCGUCAGCAUGCCGAGCAUGCGACAGUCCUACACGGUGACCGUACCAGAAGAGCGGCCUCCCACCGCUUUCCCGUUUUUGAAGCAGGAGAUGCGGAGAAAAGGCAGCAUGUCUGGGUCGGUACUGGUGUCAACUUUCGUGGGGCUUCUCAUAAACCAAGCCAAGAAUUCAAAGAGUGCCCAAGGCCUGGUGGGACUGAAGAACCUAGGAAACACUUGUUUCAUGAACAGUAUCCUGCAGUGUCUCAGCAACACGCACAGCCUGCGAGAUUACUGCCUGCACAACUCGCACCGCAGAGACCUUAACAACAACAGCCGCACUAACACAGCCCUCAUGGAAGAAUUUGCCAAGCUGAUACAGACCAUGUGGACGUCGUCCAGCAGUGAAGCAGUCAGCCCAUCUGAAUUCAAAACUCAGAUCCAAAGAUAUGCUCCCAGAUUUGUGGGAUACAACCAGCAGGAUGCUCAGGAGUUCCUGCGUUUCCUCCUGGACGGCCUGCACAAUGAGGUCAACAGGGUCACCGUCCGGCCGAGAGGCACUGGGGAGGAUUUGGACCAUCUUCCGGAUGAAGAGAAAGGGAAGAAGAUGUGGAGUAAAUACCUGGAGAGAGAAGACAGUAAGAUCGUUGACCUGUUUGUUGGGCAGCUGAAGAGCUCUCUGACCUGCAGCCACUGUGGCUUCUGCUCCACUGUCUUCGACCCCUUCUGGGAUCUCUCUCUACCUAUCGCCAAGAAGGGCUAUGGUGAGGUGAGCCUCAUGGACUGCAUGCGGCUCUUCACCAAAGAAGAUGUCCUUGAUGGGGACGAGAAACCGACGUGCUACAGGUGUAAAGCUCGGAGAAGAUGCACUAAGAAGUUCACAAUACAGAAGUUCCCCAAGAUCUUGGUGCUUCACCUGAAACGCUUCUCUGAGGCACGAAGAACCAGCAAACUGUCCACCUUUGUUAACUUCCCUAUGAAGGAUCUUGACCUGCGGGAGUUUGCCUCAGAAAACAGCAUAAAUGCAGUGUACAACCUGUAUGCAGUGUCCAACCACUCAGGCACCACUAUGGGUGGUCACUACACAGCCUACUGUCGCAAUCCCAACUCGGGAGAAUGGUACACCUUUAAUGACUCCAGAGUAACGCCAAUGUCCUCCAGCCAAGUCCGCAGCAGUGACGCCUACGUUUUGUUCUACGAGUUGGCGUCCUCCUCACGGAUGUGAAGCGUCCUGGAGGACGGUGGGCAGCAGCACCACUCUGACUGCUGGACUGGAUGGAUGAAAAAUGAGAGUGUAGGUGGAGCCAGGCCUAUUUUGGACUUGUAUUUGGACAUAUAUCUCACACACACACCUGAAGGCACACACCCCCACCGCCUUGGAGGAUGCUAGAGAGAGGAGCACUCUGGAAACCACAGGAACCUGAUCCACCAGCUCUGCUUUCUUUCUUUUUCUGUCUUUACUCUUGUGUCUUGCUCAUUCUGGGUGGAGGUGUGUGUUUAAUCUGCAUGUGUGUGUGCAAGGCAGACACAGGGCAAUAAUCCCCUCUGACCGACCAGCUGGUGAAUUCAUCUCCCUCUCUAUGCACUGUAAACCGCACUCUCACCCUGACUGCGCCUUUGCUUCUCUUUCUUCUGCUCUUGAUCUUGGUUGCCUCAAACCAUUAAAACUGACUUGUUGCAUUUUUUUUUGUCUUUUUCUCCUUUGAAUUAGUUGUUUUUUGGGGUGGGGUGGGGGGUUAUUACCCCAGCACCACGAGCAUCAUAUGGUGAUCACCACCAGUGUUGACUGUGGAUAAACUGUGCUGGGAGAAGUGAUCAUGGUUACGAGGAGCUUACAGCCCACCAGCCUGCUUGGUUUUCAUGGUUUGCCCUUCCACCGCACUACAACACUCCCACGUCUCUGUUAGCAUCUUCUUCACACUUUAAAAGUGGUUGGGAAGCCAAUGGCACUGUGAGCGUUACAUUUCAGAGGACUCUAACUUGUGUUUUAUUUAAUUUGUUUAUCCCACGUGUGGCUGCUACUGAUGUUUUAAAAGUGCUGUGAAUGGAUGAAUGGACAGUGCAGUGUGGAUCUGCUAAGGAUUAAUAAUAUGAAGGCAACAGUCCUCAUCAUUGGUAUGAGGUAUUUUCUUCCUCUCUUGUUUCAUGCCAUUGAACAACACGGAAAGAAUGUUUUGAAGGAGACAAAACACUAUCUGUAUAUUUUUAUAUCCUGAUGCAAUAUGGAGAAUGUACUAUUCAAUGGUGCUGAAAAUGACCCAUAACUGUUUUCAGUUGGUUUAUUUACCAGGUUUCAAGAGUGAAAAAAGUUGUUAUGCUUACAGGUGAAAA